AAGUUUUCAUACUCUGCACUUUUCAUUCAAAGCAGUGCUUCGCCGAGGUGUCAACAACUAGAGCAGAUUGACUGAUUGACUGCAUUUCUAUGUUAAAUUUGGCAUUUAAGUGCCAUGACAGCUAUUGAGGAUGGUUCCUCUACCACAGGAUCGGGUGAGAAGAAUGUUGACAGCUGUGGACCCUCCGCACCCAGCGCGGAGGGCCGUCUGCAAGAUGUUGCCGAGGCCAAAGCCAACGGUAUUGGUGAGGUUAGGCCUCACGUGAACCGUCUCAGUUAUUCGGGAAAGACAAUCCUAGCCCCUAUGGUAAGGGUGGGAACUUUGCCCAUGCGUCUUCUUGCCCUAGAGUUCGGGGCAGAUAUUGUGUACUCCGAGGAACUUAUUGACUGGAAGUUGCUUAGGUCGUUCAGAAGGGUCAAUGAGGUCUUAGGGACAAUCGACUUUGUUGAUGAAACAGAUGGUACAAUUGUGUUUAGGACUUGUGCACGAGAACGAGAACAAGUGGUCCUCCAAAUGGGAACAUCUGAUCCACAACGGGCCCUUAAGGCCGGAAAAUUAGUGGAAAAUGAUGUAGCUGGAAUUGACAUCAAUAUGGGAUGCCCUAAAGAAUUUUCUGUAAAAGGUGGCAUGGGAGUUGCUCUUAUGGCUGACCUAGCAAAAGCUAAGAACAUACUUCGGACAUUAGUAAAUGGCUUACGUUGUCCUGUGACUUGCAAAGUUAGAGUUCUAUCUGAUAUUGAUGCAACAGUAGCCGUGUGCCAAUCUCUGGCAGAGACUGGUAUUUCUGCAAUUGGUGUUCAUGGUCGUACCCGGGAUGAAAGGCCGCAACAUUCCAAUAGGAACCAUUAUAUCAAAGCUGUUGCAAAGGCUCUCAGCAUACCAGUUAUAGCAAAUGGGGGAUCAAAGGAAAUUGAAUGCUUUGAAGAUAUUGGCAAAUUUUGUACUGAGACGGGAUGCUCAAGCGUCAUGAUAGCAAGAGCAGCAGAAUGGAAUGUGUCUAUAUUUAGGAGAAAUGGGCGUCUUCCUCUUGAUGAGGUCAUCAAAAAAUAUCUUGUGCUUUCCGUGGAUUUUGAUAACAAUGGCUCCAAUACUAAGUACUGUGUACAGAAUAUGUUACGAGAACUUCAAGAAACACCUCGUGGAAAGUUAUUUUUAGAGGCACAAACACUAGAGCAAAUCUGUGCAAUUUGGGACCUAGGAGAUUAUUGCCGAAAGAGACAACUUGAAUUUAAGGCUUCUGGUUUACUUGGCAGGAGAGAAGUUUGUCCCCAAGUUCUCCGCCAAGAGUCAAGUGACAUACAAAGCCCUUUAAAAAAAAUGAAGUUUGAUGAUCAUUGUCCUCCAGAUGAUAUUGUUACAAUGAAGGUAGCAUAUCUUCGCAGUCUUUAUCCCUCAGACAAUGAUCUACCAAAAACAAGGGUGCUGGCUUGGUCUCGAAGUCAAAAACUUGGAAUGCCUGUUUAUAAAACAGUCCAGGAAGGAAAACUUUUUCAGUCGGUUUUGACUUUGAGUGGAAAACAGUACACUUCUUCUAUGUGGGAGAAAAACAAGCGAUGGGCAGAGCAAGGUGCUGCCUUGGUUUGUCUUUGUUCUGUAGGUCAGGUGGACUUGGCCACAUUAAAGGCAGAUGGAAGCAUUUUAUAGUAUAUACACAUCCUUUGAUCUUGUGGAUUGCAAUUUUGUUGUUGUUGUAAAGUAGCCUUAUUUUGCUUAUUGAAUUUCUUACAUGUAAUUCGUUGUUUCUGGACGGCUGUGACAUUUCUGCACUAAUUAGAGAGUAAUUUUGUUAUUUGAUUACAAGUAAAAAUAUACAGUGACCAAAACAUUA